AUGGCCCAGAUUGGUUCUUUUGUUCCCGCAGAAUAUGCAUCUUUCAGAAUAACUCGACAGAUUUUCACCAGAAUUGGCAGUGAUGAUGACAUUGAAACUAAUUCAUCCACUUUCAUGUUAGAAGUCAGUACCACACUUUCUAAUUUAUUAUUAUUGUUAUUAUUUCCUGAGGUACUUUUAUUUACCGUACAUACAGUACAUAAUAUGUUUCGCGAUAAUAAUGUUCUAAAUGUAAUAUUUUGAAUAUUUGCCCACUUUAUAGUUUCUUUCCACAGUUAUAAUUAAUUCUACUUAAAUUAAUAUUGACUAGUCUUAUUUCAUUUUUUUUAUUUACAGAUGAAAGAAAUUAAUUACAUCCUGCAGGUAUGCAGAUGUUGGUCCUGAAUGCCUGCGUGGCUGCAUGGCGGUUUUAAGGGGUUGGGCAGCGAAAAUUAGGGAAGCGUGCCCUCGCCUCAAACCCAUCCGCAACUACGCAGGCCAUGAGGCAUCAAUGUGGCUUGCUAUGAGGCAUCAAGUUCACAAGUUGUAUGUGAGGCACCUGCAUGACCCUUUUUAAGAAUACCCUGUAGCCGUGCAGCUUUAUCUCCAACUUAUGUAUGCCUAUUAAUUAAGCUACUGUAUACUAGGUUGUCGUGAUCCAAUUGUCGAUUUUUGUAUAGUUUUAGUUCAAAUAUUAACACUUAUUCUAUAGUUUAGCAUAAACAUUCUAUUCUUAUUGGUUACACAAACUCGUGAUAAUUUGAAUAACUAAUAUUUUUCCAGAACGUGACAAAUGAUUCUCUCAUUAUUAUUGAUGAACUGGGAAGAGGUAUAUUACUGGUACAUUGGAAGUUAUUACUUCGGGUCCAAGCUGGCGAAUAAUAUUUCAUGCAUGGUUACUUCUGGUUCUAGCAAAAGUUAUAUUAAUUUUGUAACCCAAUUCGCAUUGGUGGAACUCAGCAAAAUUUUCAGCCUCGUCCGGGCUUGCAGAUCUUACACAAAAUUGCCAGCUUUUUCACCGCAUGUCCGCUAGAAUACGAACCUGCUGUACUAGGAGAAAGAGUGCUGACCAGCGUGAUUUACUUGCUUGUAUCUUAUUAUUGGAUUCUUUUGAGCCCAAUAUGGCAAAUUAUGAGCUGUACAGACUUCAAUAUUGGGCGAGACCGAAAAUCGAGCCUAAUGUUGAAGUCGAAACCUAAAAUUUUGCCAUAUUGGACGAAGACGAAUCCAAUAAGAGUUUUAUUAUAUGGAACGAAACAAGUCUAUAUUAAAAAUUUGUCAAUAAGCGAUAAAGUAAUACAGCGAGAAUAAUACAGCGAUAACAUUUAUACUAUACAUAUAUCGGAGGCGAAUUUGCUUAAAACUAAACAAAAAGUUAAUUAACUUGUUUUUACAAAUAUAUAUGUGCAUAAAUAAACUCAUUUCCAUGUAUGUUUAAAGGAAAUUUGACCUAAUUUUAACGAAAAAAAUAAUAUUACUUACCUCGAGGCUGUUGCAAACAAAUGAAUUUCGCGAAGACAAGUUUUCCCGCGCUUUUAUAAUUUUGAACAAAACUGUUAGAAAAAACUGUAUUAAUGUCCCAAAUUCUUUUCAUUACUCUGCCAUAUCGCUUGUCGUAUGUUUGAAAUCAGGAAAACAUCUGAAAAUGGUUGAAAAACCAUGAAAAAAGCCACGAUUUGCAACUGUCCAAUAUGUUCCUGUCCAAUAUCGUAAAAUAUUGGAUCGCAUGAUUGCACGUGACCCUCUCAACGAUUGCCGAUUGGCUAAGUGCGCGUGAGUGUAUAAUAAUCUCUUUUAUCAUGGUUUGUUGUUAUAAGCUUAGUUUCACAAUGUAUGGUAAUUUUUAGAAUACUUUUUGCAUCCGAGACACCUGGAUACAUCAGAAAAAGUAUUUGGCAGAAUUUCGGGCGAACUCGUGCAUGCAAGACUUGAAAAUUGCCAAGAUAUACUGCCUAAGGGCCUGAAAGGUCGAAGUUUACUUGUAUUUUUCAGGUACUUGGAUCCUUCUCAAUCAGCAUGCAGCUUUCUUUCUUUGCCAAUACAAAUCCAUGUAAUGGAAAUCAAAUUGUGAUUAUAAAGAACUGCUGGGUGGAAGUAUACACGUGUAUCCAGCAUCUGAGUCAUUAGUGACAAUUUUUUGCAGUGGUAAACACUUCAGAAGAGCUUCCUGUACAAUAAACUACUUAUUCAACUACAAAUUCCCAUCUUAAGAAUAUUACUUCAAGAAUUUAACAAUUUUAUUGAAAAAAAGAUGAUACCUCAUUCCUUCUUCGACCAUAGACCAUACUGAUAGGUGUAAAUUUAUCGACAUCAGAUAAUCAAGAAAUUGAUAUAAUCAUAUAACUGUCAUAUACCGGGUGUAUAAAAAAACGCAACCUUGGAAUUUCCUAAGAAAUCCACUUUGCAAUUCUUAAGCAUAAAAGAUUUUAGGCCCCUGGGUAUUGAAAUCGAAUUGCUAAUAGAUCAUAGUACUGUUGUUGUACUGUACUUGCAAAAUAAAAACUUAUUGAGUGUCAUUUCCACAAACAAAACUAUUAAAAUGCAUAAAUUUUUGUUUAUGUACUCGUGUGUGCAGUAAUGUUGACAGUUGUGCUAUUUUAAAUUCCCAGGCACCUAAAAUCUUUUGUCCUUAAAACAAUGUCGAUUUCUUGGGAAAUUCCGAGGUUGCGUUUUUUAUCCACCCUGUACAAGGGGGUAAAAUAUUAAGACGUUUUAACCAUUCGAAGUAUGUAAGUUGUCCGCGUUUCUUCGUCGAUCCUUUUAUCAACGUACUAAAAUUACAUUGGUUGGAGACCACACUUGUGUACGGUAACCACACUUAUGUGUUUCCAUUCCACAACCACUGAUGAAGAAUGCAUGGUAUUUUUGCGUAAUGCUAUCCCGCGCUUUAUUGUUGGCGUAAAAAUGUAAUCUAUCAUUCAAAAUUGUUAUAAUCCUAAAUUUUAUGCUCUAAAUUCAUUACAUUAAGGAACGAGCAGCGAGGAAGGUCUUGCAAUCUGCUACUCAAUAUGCGAACACCUGGUUACCAAAAAGGUAAAAUUACGACUGAGAACUAAACCGACGUAAAUUACUAAGUCUACGUAAUGUUAGUGGUCUAGAACAAAGGAAUUUUGAUUAUAAUCUUGUAGUUAUAAUGGUUGAUUUGGUGGUGAAAAUAUUUUAUGACUCUAGUUUCUAUUCCAUAUUUUAUGAGAUCCUUUCUCAUGGCAUACAACAUAGAGUAUUUGAUCACUUAUUUAAUUUUCUAGGCAUUCACAUUCUUUGCAACGCAUUUCUUGGAGUUGACUACAAUGGAUGGCUUGUAUCCGAAUAUUGAAAAGUAAAGUAUAAUUUACUUGCUGUAAUACUUCAUUAUUAUUAUCUCAAUUAAUUUAAUUAUUGUAGGUCUAUUUGUUCGUAUCUGACGUUAAUCGUUUUUCUUUAGUUAUCAUAUGGAAAUUCAGGUAUUCAACACAUAAUGUAUUUAUGAUUACUACUUUUUAUUUAUAUACUGAUUAGACAGCAUUUUGUGUUCUUAGAUUUAUUUUUAUGUACAUUAAUGUGCGUAAUAUACUAGUAUUUCACAAUGUAGGUUCGAGUGUUGAGGUUGUCCUUAAGUUUGAUGUACAUUAUAAAUACUGUAUUAAGGACAACUUAUAGCAGCGGUUUUGUCGCUCACUUCGGUUUUCAACCUUUUGAAUCUAUAUCGAAUGUAUGUUUGACUAUAUUGUAUUGAGAUGCUAAUAAGUUGGACCAGAACGGAUAUUAAUUAUAUCCAGAACGGAUAUAAUUGGGUCGUCGCAACCCAUCCUUUUUCACAUAAUUUAAGGUUUAAGAUGGGUAUUUUUGUCAUUGUAGAGAGUUUUUAAUGAAGAUGGUCAAGGUGAAAAAAUAUCAUACAGUCACACUUUGAGCAAAGGAAGUACCAGUGAAAAACAUUACGGUAAAUAAAGCUUAGUCAGUAAGAAAAAUCUUGCAAAUCAUGAAUAUCAUUGCAUGUGUUUCAGACAAUAUUAGAGAGGUUCAGAUUUUGACUUCCUCUGCCGCUACCUUUGCAUUGACCAAUCAGAUGCAUUUAUUCUACCCGAUUGACCAAAUGCGCAUUAAACCUGAGAAGUAGCGGUAGUGGAAAUCAAAUCUGAACCUCUCCGCUACCUUAGAGAGGGAUAAGUUCAAACAUCAUCCGUGAUGUGCGCAUCUUCUUUCUCCGAAAAUGUUCUAGAUUUUCCGGAUUGAAAAUUUUUCGGAACAUUUCUGUCCUAUUAAAAACGGUAAAACCUUAAAAUAAAACAAAGGACUACUGCAAGUCUGCAACAUUAAUCAUGAUUUCGUCCUUUAGUCCUGUUUUAUACGUCGAAUUUUGGUCGCGUCGAACGCAUGCAAUUUAAAAAAUAGAUAAUGAAGCUUAUAAUGAGGUUUAUCAUCUCAUUAUAUAUUGUUUGAAUUGCAUUCGACGCGACCAAAAUCGACACGACAAGUCUUUAUAGUUUGCUUGGCAGAAAUAAUUUUCUAUAUCUGUUUUGAGAGGUAGAUAAGCUAGGCGCUAAGGUAUUAGUCAACCGAUGAACGGUUUAUCAUGUUAAAAGAGGCACAUGCAGUCAGUGGUAUAUGGACUGUGAGCUCAUUAUCCUCACUGUUCUGCAAUGGCGUCCUUAAAUGUUGUGCAUGCAUAUACCCAAUUAUAAAUCUAAAAUCGGCCGUCUAAAACCAUAGGUUGUGCGCCGCUCUUUAUGUUAAUUUUAAAUUUUAACUUUAGUAAGAGUUCAUCUUUUCACCACCUGUAAUAUUCUAUUCUUAUUUCUUUCUAGGAAUAGAGUUGGGUAAACUGUCCGCUUUACCUGCCGAGCUAUUACACGAAGCUGAGGUAUUGUCAAAGAAUCUUACAGAGCGGGAAAAGGUAUAAUGAUUCAAGUAUCACAUUAUACUACAUCAUGAUUACCAUGGUAAUUGCGUUUACCAAUUCGGACGUAGCGGUAGUCAAUCACGAAUGUUUUCAUCCCUGUACAGGUAGAUUUAAUUGAUGUGAAAGUAGCCAAGUUGUUAACUAGAAUGUAUAGGUCACUAUCCACCUGACAGUGAUCUUUUGAACCUUUCUGAAAAUACCCAAAAAGCUGCGAAACCAAGGAAAUGGGACUUGCAAUUAUAAGAAGAAACUUUAAUUUAUAAAUACUCAAGUUUAAUCUGGGUUACACGAAUCAACGGCCAAUUUAGAAAGCUUGAAAAAAUCGAUCGCUAUGGACAUUUCAUUGGGAAAAAGCUCAUUACAAACCUUCAUCCUAUCUUCUGUUCAAAUUUAACGAUACCAUGUGUUUUCUACGAAAGUAUACCAGCUCACAACUUAUAACAAAUAUUACAUAUACGGUAGAACAACGUAGUUUAAAAUAUAUUUACAAACUAUAGAAAUACAUGCAUGCAACAAACGUCGCAAACGUUUUCCAAACAUUGUCUCAACAUGAAGUAGUAUUCCUCAUUACGCCAAAUGAUAAUAAUCCUUUGGUUUAGCUGUCAUAAAACAUUAAAACAAGUUAAUUCAAAAAUAAACUUUCAUAUACAAUGGAAAUGAGACCUGUACAUGUUCAUAGCCUUCAUGUGAAAAAGACUGAACAACAAAGUCAUACAUAAACAGUAAAAACAAACUUACCCUAUGUUUCGAGAUUUUCCAUACUUAUCGUUUCUUUAAUUAAUUAAAAUUUGGAAAAGGUGAUUUGCAACUUAUUGUGAAACAAUUUCCAAGCCUUCUGUCAUGCUUUUUAAUCUUUGCUUCCUUCACUCCAGGCAAACUGCAAUAUUUUUGAGAUCACUGAUGAUCACCCAUGCACAGCCAAGCGCCCGCGCAAUUAUUGACGAACUUAAGGCUUUGCUAAUGCUUCAGUUCCUAUCUCCGGGUAUAGCUAUAGCCGAGCGGAAUUCCACGCCACGGGUUUCGCUCUACGCGAUAGGUUCAUGGAUCAGGGAAUAAUGCCGUGUUUGUUAAUAUAUCUUUCAGUCUCAGUCGGAGUCCUCAAUUGAAGCGAAAAAAGAAAGAGCAAUAUUUCGUCUGGGUACCAAACUUAUCCAAGCUGCGAAGAACUCGUGUCUUGAUGAGAAUGGAUUACAAGCUUAUAUGCAAGGUCUCAAGUCGCAAUAUUACAGAGAUAUAGAAGAUAUGGAGGAAUAAUUUUCUUGUGUUGAACUUUCUCAUCGCCUGGAUUCAUCAAAUAUUAUAUAAAUAGACUAAAGCUAACACGUUUCGGAACUUCAAUGAUCAAUUCCUUAGUUAAUAAAGGUUUUGAAUAAAAUAUGUGAAUGAAUGACGUAGCAAGAUCAGUUUCAGUACGCUUUGUUGCAGCUGUGAAACAGAACACUUGAACCAAUUAAUUUUCCGAUCACCACCAACCAAUACCGGAACAACUUUCGUGAUUGGGUGAAACCCAAAAGCGAACACAUUGUUCGUUCUAUGGCAACAUGCAACAUUUAGCUUAAACCACAGUCUAACAAUAAAGAAAUUAUGAAAAUUUAGUUAAUUACUCGCGAGUAUAGGUUUCGACAUGUAUUUUUGGUGGAUAGUGAGGCGUCGUCGAUAGCCACGAAAUAGAAUAUUAAUGAGCUGACAAUUUCUACCCAGAUUAUUCGUG